AUGCUGGGCCAGUCAAACUACCUGGCUAUUGUUGGUGGAGGAAGAAAUCCCAAAUUUCCUCAAAACAAGUUGGUGAUUUGGGACGAUGCGAAACAAAAAGCAGUCAUAACACUCGAGUUCCGUACGUCCGUCCUAGGUGUCCGUUUGUCGAAAUCGCGAAUCGUUGUCGCUUUAUUGAAUAGUAUACACAUUUUCGCGUUUUCCAAUCCUCCACAGAAGCUCUCAGUCUUCGAAACCACCGACAAUCCCAUUGGUCUGGCAUGCCUAGGGCAGAAGUUACUCGCUUUUCCAGGAAGAUCUCCAGGGCAGGUGCAGAUCGUCGAGCUGGAAACGGGAAAUGUCAGCAUCAUACCUGCUCAUAGUACUCCGCUGCGUGCCAUGGCAUUAAGUCCCGACGGUGAAGUGCUGGCAACAGCGAGUGAAGCGGGCACAUUGAUACGAGUGUUUUCUACGAGCAAUUGCACAAAGAUGGCUGAACUGCGACGAGGAGUUGACCAUGCGGUGAUCUUCUCACUUGCGAUUUCACCUUCGAACAAUAUAUUAGCUGUCACGUCGGAUAAGUCUACUCUCCAUUUGUUCGAUAUCCCCCAUCCACGAGGUCAGUCCCGCCGAAGCCAGUCACCUUCCUCGCUGUCGGAGGAAGUGACAAACCACAAAUGGGGAAUCUUAGGCAAAAUUCCCUUGCUCCCGCGAGUAUUCUCUGACAGAGGGUUGGAAACGAUAUCUUGGGGCCGGCUGAGGCCGCUCCUUUCUCCUUGCAUUGACAUCAUGGGUUGA